GGGCCGUGAACCAGAACCAGGCCGCAGAGACAUGUCGAUGGUCGCUGCGAAGGAGUGCUGCGCUGCUGUGCAUGGUCAAAGUGGGAGAGCUGUACGCCGACGCAAUUGUUUCCAGGCUCGAUCACUUUUCGCGGUCAGGGCAUUGGCCGCAUUCAACUGACAUGGGUGUACUGACGUGCUUGCCUUGAUCUUCCGGAUUGCUUGAGUCCCAAAGCCGCAAGACCAUGCCGCGUCUUGCUGACUCUAUAUUGUUUUGGUCUCGACGCUCUCCAUUCUUAUAACCUUCCAUGUGCGCCGCCAAAGGAAACGAGGUCAACCGCUAACGCUUUGCUGUUGCGACGACACUAGCACGUUACCGCAACAUUGCAAGUCGCAUCGAACCAACCAAGCACAGGGCCAUCAUUGUCACCGUCCACUUGUGUCAGACCAGAGGCCAACGUCUAGUUACAACAAUUGUUGCUGUUGUGUCCACGCUUUCAAAGCAGAGUGCACCGAUUGUGUUGUGGACUGCCUGCAAUCUCGGGAAUACAAGUGGAGGAGGAAGCGUUUCCAGUUUGGGCGCAAUGUGGCGGCUCUGAACACGGCGAAGAAGUCGGGGUUGGCGCGCGGUGAUUCGUGCUCUGUUGGUGGUCGAGUCCAGUUGGUCCUCCAAUUCGACUCUAGCUCGUCCUAUUGAGAACUCCACUUUCAGCCUCGUCCUCACACAUCGAUUGCCUCUAGGCCUCGUCCGCCCUUUCGGGUGCCGCUGACGCAGUGAACUUCCACGGAAUUAUCGCGAGAACCGUGUCUUUGGCGGAUCGGAUGACAAAUUCGCCGCGUCCAAAUCGGUGCUUCUAGCGCCAUUGUUCAAAGGCCGCUAUUCCAAGCAAGGGUUGGUAUAAUGGAGCACGUGCGACGCUUCGUAUUCAACCGAGCGGCAGCCAUCGACCUCGGCCACCAUCAGCAUCUCGAUAUUGGAUGCAUUGAUCGUCGACAACGUCGCCACCUACAAAAUGGCAAGAACGUUCUCUUGCACGAGUUCUCUGGUGGUGCACAGGUUGCCAACCAGUACACCGUGCUUCCACCUUGGUCUUUAUGUUCAUGGCGGCGUCGUGACUCCAAUGGACCUUGGAGCGCCACGGCGAGACACAAACCUGGUCCACCACGUUCGACACAUCAGGCGCGUAUCCACCGACCGAGUGCGGCGACGUGACAAGCAUGGUACGUCAAGUCAUGACGUCGAGUUUGGUUUCCGUGCAACACUGGGGACACUAAACAUGGACGUUCCUUGUGAAGCGAACGCCCAUCGGGCACCUCCCCCAGCAAGAAUACUUGAAACCAAUGCUGGCCCAACGCAUCAAGACGAUCCCCAUCGCCGGAUACAUACUCCACCAUACCAACGCCGAUGGGUGCUUGACGUCCCAUGCCAAUCAAGGGAAUGUACAUGGCCAAUGUUCCUAGAACGUUCCGGGAGAAGUUGUUCAAAAUAUCUCACCGACUGUACUCUCCGACCAACGCCGUUCGGUAAGGCAUUGGUGGGGAAGUAGAAUCGGUUACACAUUUCACUUGUAUGUAUGGAAUUUGCCAAAGAAACGGAACGUCCUGACUGAAGCAACAUUCAAGUAGUGUAGCUUAUCUUACUACCGUGAAAUCUUUUGGACCGGCAAA